AUGCUCAGUGACAGUUUUACCAGGUUCCCAUAUUGCUGGAGUGUAGCUUACUUCAGUAAACGUGAUGGGAUAGGUGCCCGUACAUUGAAAGACGAUCAAGAUGUAAAAAAUAUUGAUUUUGUUCAUGCUGGCCAUGUAUUACAAUAG